AUGCUCAGGAAUCAGACCACAGAUCAGAGACCACAGACCAGAGACCACAGACCAGAGACCACACACCAGAGACCACAGAUCAGAGACCACAGACCAGAGACCACAGAUCAGAGACCACAGACCAGAGACCACACACCAGAGACCACAGACCAGAGACCACAGACCAGAGACCACACUCCAGAGACCACAGACCAGAGACCACAGACCAGAGACCACACUCCAGAGACCACAGACCAGAGACCACACACCAGAGACCACAGACCAGAGACCACAGACCAGAUACCACAGAUCAGAGACCACAGACCAGAGACCACACACCAGAGACCACAGAUCAGAGACCACAGAUCAGAGACCACAGACCAGAGACCACAGAUCAGAGACCACAGACCAGAGACCACAGACCAGAGACCACAGACCAGAGACCACAGAUCAGAGACCACACACCAGAGACCACAGAUCAGAGACCACAGACCAGAGACCACAGAUCAGAAACCACAGACCAGAGACCACACACCAGAGACCACAGACCAGAGACCACAGACCAGAGACCACACUCCAGAGACCACAGACCAGAGACCACACACCAGAGACCACACACCAGAGACCACAGACCAGAUACCACAGAUCAGAGACCACAGACCAGAGACCACAGACCAUAGACCACAGAUCAGAGACCACAGAUCAGAGACCACAGACCAGAGACCACAGACCAGAGACCACAGACCCGAGACCACAGACCAGAGACCACAGACCAGAGACCACACACCAGAGACCACAGAUCAGAGACCACAGACCAGAGACCACAGACCAGAGACCACACACCAGAGACCACAGACCAGAGACCACAGACCAGAGACCACAGACCAGAGACCACAGAUCAGAGACCACAGACCAGAGACCACAGACCAGAGACCACAGACCCGAGACCACAGACCAGAGACCACAGACCAGAGACCACAGACCAGAGACCACACACCAGAGACCACAGAUCAGAGACCACAGACCAGAGACCACAGACCAGAGACCACAGACCCGAGACCACAGACCAGAGACCACAGACCAGAGACCACACACCAGAGACCACAGACCAGAGACCACACACCAGAGACCACAGACCAGAGACCACACACCAGAGACCACACACCAGAGACCACAGACCAGAGACCACAGACCAGAGACUACACACCAGAGACCACACACCAGAGACCACAGACCAGAGACCACACACCAGAGACCACAGACCAGAGACCACAGACCAGAGACCACACACCAGAGACCACACACCAGAGACCACACACCAGAGACCACACACCAGAGACCACACACCAGAGACCACAGACACCAGAGACCACAUACCAGAGACCACACACCAGAGACCACAGACCAGAGACCACAUACCAGAGACCACAGACACCAGAGACAGAGAGACAGAGAUAG